AUGUGGCGCAUCCUCCUCGAGCGGCAGGAUGUGGCCGCCGAGUUCGCCUCUUGGCGGAGGGCGCUCACGAGCGGCAACUGGGGUACCACGCCGCGGGUGCAGGCGGCAGCGUGGGCGAGGCUCAACGCGCGCACGGGCUGCCGCGGCUGCUUCCCGCCUUGGUCCGCCGCCGGCGCCGCAAGCCGCUCGCGCGCCAACCGCACUUCGUACGCUCGCUUCCGGCGCGAGCACGCCGCCUUCUUCCGCCACGCGCGGGACAAGGUCGCGCCGUCGACGCCGCUGCUGCACGUCUACUCGGAGGAGCUCACCGCCUCGCGCGCCUCGUGCGAGGAUGCGAUGCGCCGCCUCUUCGCCUUCCUGGGCGUGCCGCCUCUGCCAGCGGUGUGCGACCGUGCGGGCGCUCCUGCGCCGGAGUGCCGCGGCGGGGACGGGCUCUGUAGCGUGGAGAAGCUGCGAGCCCCGCCGCCAGGCUAUACCAUCGACGAGUUGCUGACACAGGUCGGUCACAGGACACAGGAUUUUUUCGCCGCUUUGAGUGAGGCUGAGGGCUGA